UUUUCCGACAGCCGACAAAUCGGCAAACAUUUUUUGACGUGAAAAGAUGCGAAUCGCCGCCGCCCUUUUGUCCUAGAACCGACCCUGGAAGAGCGAUAUAGUUUUAGAAAUUGCUUGGUUUUUUGCUUGCUAAAACUUUAAAACAUGAACGAAAAUUUUGAUCGAAUCGGAAAGGCGUUCAUUGAACAAUACUACAAGCUGUUUGACAGCAACCGGGCUGAACUGAAGGUGUUUUAUGUAAGUGUGUAUAUGUAUAAAAUUAUUGUUGAUAACUUGAUAGCAUGCACUGUUUACAAAAUCGAAUUGAUUUUAUGAUUGUCAUUCUAGAGAGAUGACUCAAUGCUUACAUUUGAAGGUGUACAGGCGCAAGGUUCAGUCGCUAUCAUAGAAAAACUGCAGGUAUGCAAUAUAUUUUCCAAGAUUUGUAUUCAAAGAAAUUUUGUAUUCAAACUGGGGCAUGUGUAUAUUUACAAUAGUCCUUAAAGACCCCUCAAAUUGAUAGCCUGUAAGAUACAAACAUAGAUGAGCUUGUAUCCUUGCCAAUGUAAACGUCAAUCUGUAUGAGGCUAGUGAACGAUGGUUUGAUGAUGUUGAAACCUGUCAAAUGCCAUUGACAAACAUUGAAGUUUCAUAUUAGAAUAGACAAUGUCGUAACACACGCUCCCACAAAGUAUGUCACCUUGGCUAUAGCACCAUGUUUUCAUGAUUGAGACGUUAGGCUUACUAAUGUCACGUACACGAAAACGAGGCUCUGUAUAGCCAAAGUGACGUACUUCCAGAAGGGUGUUUUGCAACUGUGCAUUCCUAGACACAAAUGACAGUAAAUUAAAUGUGUCAUCCACGGUACAUUUGAUUUGGUACCUUUUUCCUUUGUCUAGUCACUGAAAUUCCAAAGUGUUCAACACGUAAUAACAACUGGUGAUUGUCAACCAAGUGCUGAUUUUGGAGUUCUAAUACAUGUAAUUGGUCAACUUAAGGUGAUUUCAUUUUCACCAUUUGUCUGAUUUAUACACAGUACUAGAAUUAAUUAGACUUGUGUUUCAGUCAACCCUAAGAGGUCGAAAAAUGAAGCAUGUAUUUUUAUAGUCACAUAGUUUGUUUAUUAAACAGUACUUCAAACAUUAUUCAAAUAUUCAAUGACCAGUAUUUUUAAUUAAUCAUUUCAUCAAGUGUAGCUAGGUUUCUUGCUUACCCUAUUUUUAAAAAAAUCCAACCUACCUACUUGCUACUUUUUCUUAGGAUAGAAAACCAGAAUUUUACAUUACAAUUUAUUUUUGUUUCUUCUAGACUGACAAUGACCAACCGCACAGUUUUAGUCAAACAUUUUGCCUUAGACGAGAUCCAGUGAACCCCACAAAUUACUAUUGCUAUAACGACAUCUUCCGACUAUCACUACAUCAUGGUUAGAGAUUUGCAAGGAUAUAAUAAGAUGAGGCAGAACUGUGAAGGAGUAUCAUAUGUUAAGAGUCAAGAUACUAUAAACUAAGAUAUGGCAAAGAUAAUGAUGUUUUAAACUGCUUCCAUGAUUCAAUCGUUAAGAAAUGCUUUAGAAUAAUAUCUUUAAAAGCUUAUAGGAGCUGGUCAAAACUUGAAGAUUAAUUAUGAAGAAACAAAUCUGGUCUUUUGAAACUGUAAAUCACAUUGACCUAUGCACAAAUUUUCUUGUCUUAUGAAUGACAAGUUCUGCCGUGGUUUGCAUCUGAACUGUGUGAAAGAGAUACAAGGCCCUUGGUCAAAAGGUUAAUUAGCCUUGCUGAUGAAGGGCCUUCUCUCCAAAUAUUGAAGUGUUUUUAUUAAACAUGGAGUUCAGACACCAACCACCAUAGCAGCUUACUGUAGAAUAUCAUGAACCAUCACUGGAAUGCUUACACCUAAGCCAAAAGUGAUGACCUGCUCAGAAAAGAAUUUUUAUACAGGAUUAUUAAUUUUUCUAAGAUAAUAAAGCUAAUUUCUCUUGUAAAAAUGUGAUAGAAAUAGAAGGAUUGUGUCACGAGUUAGUUUUGUGUUGUUAUUUGGUAGUUAUGAUAUUAGGCCAC